UCGGACCGCUUCAAUCGGUUCUUCUUCCGAGGUCGUUAAUCAACCACGUUAUUGAAUACCCCACCAAUAGAAGGAAAUAUUUCGUCCCUAGAGAACCAACGUGGAAGUACAGGGAGCAGAACCAACACAUCGGCAGAUUUGCUUUGACAGGCACAUGAAAGAAAACGAGUAUUUAUUUGGAGCCAUUAAAACCCUACGGCAGCCAGUACCAAUGAAAUUUAUUCUCAAGAAUCCUCAUCCUUCCCUUUUAAACAACAGCAUUCUAAUCAUUAGGAGAUCAAAUUUUAAAUCAAAAUAAAUCUCAAUUCUCUGUCAAGUAACGGAGUGCCAUGGCUUCGUCCAGUUCUCGUUCUGAUUUUGACAGCGUCGACGAGAUUCCGCGGUUCGGAGACGUGAGUUCAAGUGCAGCGUGGGAGCAGAGGGGUCAGGUUUAUGAGCUCGUAGUGCAGGGCAACAGGGCUUUCCGUGACAGACAACUUGAAGAUGUACCUAUCAUAGCCAUUAGUUUAUAUUCAAAAGCUCUAAGAUUGCAACCUAAUGAUCCUAUAAUUCUCAACAAUCGCAGUGCAGCUUUUUAUUGUUAUAGUCAACGACUAAGGAACCGUCCUGCUGCAUUGUCAGAGAUUCAAGCAUUGUCAGGAAUGGACCCGACAGUACAUUCAGAGCUUGCCUUGAAAGAUGCAGAGAAGGCGCUGAAAAGCCAAAGUGCUUUGCCAAAAUCAUAUUAUCGGAAAGCAAUGGCACUAAAGCUGUUAGAACGCUAUAGUGAUGCCAGGGAAGCAUUUCUAUCUGGGCUUCAGGUUGAUCCUUCCAGCAUUCCUAUGCAGGAAGCAAUUUCUGAUUUCGACCAACAAUUUAUGUUGGGACCAGAGAAUUCUAGUGGUAGAACUAGUCGAGCCAGAGUGCAACGAACUGAUGAUUUUGACUGUACUCUGUGUCUCAAGAUGCUUUAUGAUCCUGUGACUACUCCAUGUGGACAUUCAUUCUGUCGUGGAUGUCUCUUUCAAUCCAUGGACCAUGGUAAUAAGUGCCCGAUGUGCAGAACAGUUCUACUUCUAAGUCCUAGGACAUACCCUUUAAGUGUGACUCUGAACAAUAUCAUACAGAAAAAUUUUCCUGAGGAAUAUGCUGAGCGGAAGGCUGAGCAGGAUGCUUUGACACAUCCAGGAAUUCAUAUGUUGCCUCUAUUUGUUAUGGACAUUGUGCUUCCAUGCCAGAAAUUAUCACUCAAUAUAUUUGAGCCUCGAUAUAGACUUAUGACAAGAAGGAUAAUGGAAGGUAGUCAUCGUAUGGGAAUGGUUGGAAUGGAUUCAACAAGAAGCUCUGUUGCAGAUGUUGGUUGUGAAGUAGAAAUAUGCGAGUGCGAGCCACUUCCAGAUGGACGUUUCCUUUUGCAGGUUGAAGGCCGCCGCCGUUUCCGUAUUAUUAGGUCGUGGGAUCAAGAUGGGUAUCGAGUUGCAGAAGUUGAUUGGUUUAGUGACGCAUGUCUUCCAAAUGGAACCAGAGAAAGAGAAGAUCUACAAGAAAUGGCAAGAGGAGCAGCAGAUUUAGCACGCUCUUGGAUGAGGCGUGCAGGAGAUGCAGCACGGACAGAUCGGCGUCGUGCUGCUGAGAUUCUAAGUCAGGCCGAAGGAAUGCCAGGCCCACACAAUACAGAGAAUUUUAGCUUCUGGUUUGCUAAUCUCUUAAACAUGAGGCCCACUGAGAGACUAGAUCUGUUACGAUUAACUGAUACUCGAGAGCAGAGGAUCUCCCGGGGCCUUGACCAUUUAAGAGCUGAUCAAGGAUGUCGUGUACAGUAAAUCAAUUUGAAGGGGGUGAUUCUUUAAUUUUUUAUAUGUUAAGUUAUUCAUUAUGAUAUUUGUCAUAUUGUAUCAAAUAUCAAACAUGGGCCGAUUGGCAGAUUGCAAUUUGUAUUCCAUCGAGGUACAAAAUUGAGAUGUUAUUUAGACAGAAACGCUACUCUCUCCAGGUGGCCUGUGAUCAAUUUUGUUUAUAAGGAGGUAUAAGACAGUCAAUCAAGAAAUAUGGUACAGUUUUAUAUCAGGGAAACGUACAUCUUCACUCUUCAAUGAGUAUCUUUAUUCUUCUAAGGUUCAACGUGUACCCUCUCUUUUGCUACAGGGUAAUUUUGUAAUAAGAGGGAUAAAUUGCCUCUAUGAUGUAAGAGAAGCCUUCUGAGGAUGAAGAAUACUUGUCUACAAUGAGGAGUUGGGGCUUAAUUCUAACAAGUCCUGAAAGGAGAUCUCGGUCCGUACACAUUUUAAAACAUUGAUUUAUGGCAUUUACCCAUAUCAAUGAUAUAAUUAAAGAUUAUACGAUGUUUUUCCUAGUUUCCUGAAAGGAAAUCUCACUUAACAUUGAUGUAUGUAUCACUCAUCAAUUAUAGAAUUAAAGAAUACAUUUGACUAA